CUUCGCCGUCACCGCUGCGCGUCUUCCUGGAUUCAUUCAUUCGUUUUUUUUCAUUCACGAAGGUAGUGAGGCCUGGUUGAAAGCCAUGGAGAGCGUUUUGCCUGCCACCGGUUUCCUGUACUGGGUGGGCGCCGGCACCGUGGCCUACCUGGCCCUGCGUAUCUUGUGCUUGCUCUUCACGGCCGUUCGGGUCUGGGGUUUGGGUAACGAGUCGGGGGUCGGACCGAGGCUCGGUGAAUGGGCAGUUGUCACAGGUAGUACUGAUGGAAUUGGAAAAUCAUAUGCAGAAGAGUUAGCAAAGCGUGGAAUGAAAAUUGUCCUUAUCAGCAGAUCACAGGACAAACUGAACCAGGUUUCCAGUGAGAUAAGAGAAAAAUUCAAAGUGGAAACAAAGACCGUUGCCGUUGACUUUACGUUAGAAGAUAUUUAUGACAAAAUUAAAACAAGCUUGGCAGGUCUUGAGAUUGGUGUUUUAGUGAACAAUGUGGGAAUGUCAUAUGAGUAUCCGGAAUACUUUUUGGAUGUUCCUGACUUGGACAGUACCAUCAAGAAACUGAUAAAUGUUAAUGUCCUUUCUGUUUGCAAGAUGACACGGCUGGUCCUGCCUGGCAUGGUAGAAAGAUCUAAAGGGGUAAUUCUGAACAUCUCCUCGGCCAGUGGCAUGUACCCAGUCCCGCUGUUGACCAUCUACUCUGCAACCAAGGCUUUUGUGGAUUUCUUCUCUCAAUGCCUCCAUGAGGAAUAUAAGAGCAAGGGCAUCUUUGUGCAGAGUGUCCUGCCCUACUUUGUUGCAACCAAACUGGCUAAAAUUCGAAAGGCAACUUUGGAUAAGCCCUCUUCGGAGACAUUUGUGAAGUCUGCCAUUAAAACCAUCGGCGUGCAAUCCCGGACCAAUGGAUACUUCAUCCAUUCUCUUCUGUUCUCAGUAGCCUCAAUCCUGCCUUCCUGGUUGUAUCUUAAAGUGAGCAUGAAUGUGAACAAAUCCAUCCGGGCUCGCUAUUUUAAAAAAAUGAAGAAGAACUGAGCACUGGUAACACCUUCGAGUAACUCGGCAGAUGCGCCAGCUAAGCGUGUUUUCUGCAAGGCACCCACCAUUUCCAAAUCUUCAGUUGUCAUGCUUAUUAACAGUUACUGAUAAAGCUAAAUGUUGUCAUAAUUAGGAGGAAAACAGAGGUUGCUUUCAGGAGUUCCUGACAUAUGUUCUGGAUGCCACCGGGAGUUAUUUUGAAGUUUAACAUAAAUGCUCAUAUCAAAUGGAUAUAGAACUAACAUUAGCAAGAACUGCUUACUAUUAAUAGAAGGAACAUGAUUCUAGCAAAUCAGUGAAUGAUAGAGUCAGACAUAAGGCUAAACAGUUUCAUCUGGUCGAAAAUGCCAGUGAUGAUUAUUCAGUAUUUACACUGAAAUGUACUUUUAAAAAGUAAUGGCCAGCUCCUUUUUUUUUUUUUUUUUUUUUGGUUUUGUUUUUAACUUUUUAAGGGAGUGGGGAUUCAUUGAUAUGGGAAGACACACUGCAAUCUGCAGAGCACGCUGUAAGGUUUUCUAAAAGUAUGUUUGUACAUUUAUAUAGAACUUUCUUUCCUUUUGCAAGGGUAGCUAACGAUGUAAAAAUAAUGGAGUUAUUUUUGACACAUGAUGCCCACUAAAAUACGCUUUCCUCUAAUACAGAUGUCUUCUCAGUUUAAACGUGUGUAAACACUGAAUGCUCUGUGGUAUGAUUUCUAAAGGUAAACAGGCCAAAAUGUACACUGAUGGGCAGCCCUUCCAGUGCCGCUAAAUCCCUGACCCAGGAAGGCAGCCUUCUUGGACCCCAGGUUCUUUGUUUCUGCACCGCACCAAUACUGCUCACGUGGGUGACACCAGGCCACUCCUAGGACAGUGAUGAUGCUAGGGAAGUGGUAUUACACUUUUAAAUAGGUACCCUAUAGGUACUGAUACAAUUAGUUUUAAUGAAAGAUGAUAUAAUGGUGAUGUUGAUUGAAAAUGUAUUUCUUUGGUGCUUGAAAUUAAGGCCAUUUUUGCACUGGUUUAAUAUAAAUUAAGACUUUUAUCCUGCUACGUACCUAACUUGUUUGGGGAACUUGCUAGGAAAUUAAUUCAGUGUUGUGGAAUAUGCAAGAAGGCAGAUCUUUACCUAGGCUGUGGUUCCCAGAUUCUGAGUUUUAAGCACCAGGAAAUUUGCAAAACAAAACAAAACAAACAGGCAUUUUAAUUGGCGUAUUUAAAAGUGUUUCUAGCUUUUAAACUUGCCAGCCAAGGACAUUGGGGGAAAAAAAAAAACACAGAAAAACCUAAAUCACCAUCUGCCAUUGGCAUCAUUCUAUAAAAGUAAAGAAACGUUAGUACCCUUAAAAUAGGAAGAACAUAAUCUCAGAAUAAAAAAUAGUCAUUUAAAUUGAAUAAAUUUAGCUUUGCAAAAAACACUUUGCGUUUCUUAUACUUUGCCACCUUAUACUUGUCAAAACUUUUGGAUUAAAGAAGACGAAAGGAACAUGCAAAAGACAUGAUCUUGGGUUGGAUCCUGGUUGAGAAAAAUUUUUUUUUCUUCUACUAAGGACAAUUUUGAGACAAUUUGUGAGAUCUGAGUAGUCUGAAGAUUAGAUAAUAGCUUUAUAUCAAUGUUAAUUUCCUGAGUUUGAUCAGUGUACUGUGGUUACUUAAGAAAAAGUUCUUGUUUUUUAGGAAAUACACACUAGAGCAUUUAUGGAUAAUGGGACAUUAUAUAUGCAACUUAAUCGAAAAAGAUUCAGAAAAAAUAUGUAUACAGAAAAUGAUAAAGCAAAUGUGUUAGUAUGUUAACAUUUGGAGAAUCUAAGUGAAAGAGAAAUGGAAAUUCUUAGUGCUGUUUUGCAAAUUUUCUGUAAAUCUAAAGUUAUUUCAAAAUAAAAAGUUAAAUCUUU